CGCACCUGCCACGUGCGGAAGUCGUUUAUAAGAAAUUCAUUCAAUGGUGGAUUGUUUGUUGUAUCAUAUUGAAAUACAAGCCGCACAUCACUCGAGAAAUUCUCAAUAUCUGGAAAAGAUGUCACGUGUUCUGUUUGCAGUUGCAUUGGUUGUCCUCGUGUCUCAGGUGCUUGGAAAAAGCGCACUGGAUGCAAGCAUAGAGAAGCGGGAUGUAGGAUGUCCCGAUUGUUAUCUGGAUUGUGGGGAGGGAUCUUCACCAAAAAUGGAAGGUGGAUGUCCUAGCUGCACAGAAUGCGUCAAAAAUGCGAAAAGAACUUCACCUCCUGUAGCAUGUCCUAUGUGCCAUCUGGAAUGUGGGGAGGGAUCUUCUCCAAAAAUAGUAAAUGGAUGUCCAAGUUGCACAGUGUGCGAAAAAGACGCGAAAAGAACUUCACCUCCUGUAGCAUGUCCUAUGUGCCAUCUGGAAUGUGGGGAGGGAUCUUCUCCAAAAAUAGUAAAUGGAUGUCCAAGUUGCACAGUGUGCGAAAAAGACGCGAAAAGAACUUCACCUCCUGUAGCAUGUCCUAUGUGCCAUCUGGAAUGUGGGGAGGGAUCUUCUCCAAAAAUAGUAAAUGGAUGUCCGAGCUGCACAGUGUGCGAAAAAGACGCGAAAAGAACUUCACCUCCUAUAGCAUGUCCUAUGUGCCAUCUGGAACGUGGAGAAGGAUCUUCUCCAAAAAUGGUAAAUGGUUGUCCAAGCUGCACAGUAUGCGAAAAAGAUGCGAAAAGAACUUCACCUCCUGUAGCAUGUCCUGCUUGUUAUCUGGAAUGUGGAGAGGGAUCUUCACAAAAAAUGGUAAAUGGAUGUCCAAGCUGCACAGAAUGCGAAAACAAUGUUAAAAGAGAUGGUAACAAAAGAGACGGUCUUUUUGAACGAGCACCAUGUAACAAAUGCAGAAGGGGAUGCCCAGCCGGACAGAGAAUCCGAGAUUGUACACCUGAAGACGGUUCAAAUGUGGUUUGUGACUGCGUACCAGUUGAAGGUAAAAGAAACAACUUGUUUGAACGAGCACCAUGUAAGCAAUGCAGAAAGGGAUGCCCAGCCGGACAGAGAAUCCGGGAUUGUACGCCUGAAGACGACCCAAAUACAGUGGUUUGUGACUGCGUACCAGUUGAGGGCAAAAGAAACAACUUGUUUGAACGAGCACCAUGUAAGCAAUGCAGAAGGGGAUGCCCAGCCGGUCAGAGAAUCCGUGAUUGUACACCUGAAGACGACCCAAAUACUGUAGUUUGUGACUGCGUACCAGUUGCAGGCAAAAGAAACAAUUUGUUUGAACGAGCCCCAUGUAAGCAAUGCAGAAGGGGAUGCCCAGCAGGACAGAAACUCCCCGAUUGUCCACGAACAGACUGCGUAUGCAUACCUGCAUAGAUGCGGUACUGAUUGGACGAUCCUGAUUUAUUACUUGCCAGUAUGUCAUAUAAAAGAAAUAGAACAUUUAAAGCAAACAUGUUAGAGAUACAAAAUUAAAUCUGGAUAUGCUACAUUUGU